GCGCAGGGGCGGGGCUUGUCGGAAUACGGGCGGGAAACAAACCAGCGCUUGAGAGGAGCGCUUGUGAGUAAAGUAGAGCUGCAGGAGAGUUCAGUAGAACUCUCAAAAGACGGUGGAGGGGAAGAUGGAGAAGGAGUCCACGGGAAAACGUUCUGUGGCUGAACUGGCUGGAAAGUUCGCUUGUCAAAUCCCUGUUCCUACAGGACCUGACGGGAACAAGCCUGUACGGAGGAGACCUCCACGCACGCUGGAACUACCUGCCAGUAACAACGCAGGCCAGGGCCAGGAUGAGAAAGGAGAGGCUACUUCUCAUCCUCCGAGAAAGCAAAGAAACUCUGCUCUCAUUGAGAAACUACAGGCUAACCUCGUUCUGUCUCCCACGGCCCUGCUGCCUUCACCAAUGAGCCCUGGAGCUGCGAAACCUCCACCAGUGUCUUUCUCAUCAAACUCACCCUGCAGCCCGGUCAGUCCAGCUGCAGCUCCCAAAGCCAGCCAGGAGGCCCCAGCCAGCUUUGAAAAACCUGCAGAAGGAACUGUUCUACUAAGCAUUAACAAGGGCAGAGCUAGACAUUCUAUCAAACGUCGGCCACCAUCUCGCCGCCACAGGAAGUCUAGUUCAGACGAUGUUGGUGCUGAAGAGGAAAAGACUGCCUCGCCUGUCUCUGAGUCUGCUGCUCCAGGUGGUAAGGAGGAAGACGUGUUCAAGAAGCAGAACGUGGAGGAAAAGGAGGACAGCAGUGCUGAGCCAGUGUCUUCUACCUCUGAGCAACAGAAAGAGCAAAUCCAAAGUGCAUCACCAGAUUCAGAACAGCAGCCUACAGCAGAGGGAGAAAAGGAGAGCAAAGCAUGUGAGGAGGCCCCUGUGUCUUCAGAGAAGGAGGAGAAAGUAGAAGAGGAGAAGGUAGAAGAGGAGAGAAGGUAGAAGAGGAGAAGAAGGUAGAAGAGGAGAAGAAGGUAGAAAAGGGGGAGGAGAAGCCUGAUGAGCCCCAGUUAGCCAAUAACACCUCAGAGACCAUAAAGCAUGAAAAGCCUAAUGAAGAACCAGACACAGAGCCGCAGACUGAGCCAGACAGAGCGACAGAGGACAAAGAAGAACAGGAGGAGAAGAAAGAGGAGGAUGGAGGGAGCCAGACAGAGGAGUGUAAAGGAUCCGAACAAUGAAAUCCUUGGGAAUUCUCCACAAAGGACUGCUCACUAAAUCCUAACUGCUUGGCCAAACCAUUGAGGUGAAGGGGAGGCCUGGGAAUUAAUAAUGUGAACAACAUGGCUUGAAACUUCCCUCCAACAAAGCUUUAGCAGCAGUUCUCCGCUUUUUGUUAAAUUCUUCUGUUGGAUGUACAAGUUAACCAUGAGAUGAAAAGAAAAGAAAAAACCUGUCUUCUUGUACAGAUGUGUUAAUAUUUUGGUAAUAUGUUUUGUGCUGGUGGUACAAAGUCAGAUACAGCAUUGUACAUGUGAUUAGUUUAGUUCUGAUAUUUGCUUUUUGUAUAUACCUUGAACUAAAAUUAAUGUGAAAUAAAGGAUUAAUUUUUGCUGA